CAGUCGAAGAGCAACACCUGAUUAUCUUGGGUCAUGUCAUUAUCUCUUCGAACAGGAAAAGCAAGUGACACAAUUCAAAAUGGACUCCCGGAUCUGUCUUCUCUUGGCAGUGUUCGUAUUAUGUGUCCCUGGGGGUUUUGCGACAUGUAGAAACGGAUGGGUAACAUUUGAGAAUACAUGCUAUUUGUUUUCGCAUGGUAUGUCGACAUGGGGCGAAGCAGUUGCGACAUGUUUGGCCCUCCAUUCAAAUCUGGCAGUUAUCUCUUCAGCUGAUGAACAGAAUUUCCUGAUCUCAGAGCUGUACCAUUUACAUGGAAGCGAUGCAUCGACUGCUCAGUAUUGGAUCGAUGGAACUGACCUUGAAGUAGAAAAUGUUUGGAAGUGGGCUCAAACAGGAGAGACGCUUUCAUACGUCAACUGGGCUGGCGGGGAACCAAACAAUGCACAGUCUGGCAACUGUAUGAACCUCUGGGGACAGGGUGGCUUUAAAAUGGCGGAUGACAAUUGUGAAAGAAAAUUUUUCUACAUCUGUCAAAAAAGUGAGGCCGAGGGGACAGGUGUCGUCAUAGGCUGAUCAAUAAUUAACUCACAAUAAAAUUCUUCUGUAAACUUUG